AUUGUUGUUAAUUUGUGUGUUAUUGUAGUAGUAAUUGAGGUUUAUGACAUAGAUGAAGAAAGAGCUUAAUAAAAAGUGUAUCAAAGUCAUAUUUCGUAUAAAUUGGCUUCAAUUAAAAACGCGAUACACAAUUUAAUUUGUGAAUAGAAUCGUUAAUACAGUCAAAUUCGACAACAAACAAAACCAAAUCAGAAAAUUAAAAAAAUAACGUUUAGUUUUCCCCACAAAGAAUAUGACAAAUCAUGAUAAUGUAAUGAUGAAUAAUAAUGAUCAUAAUAAAUAUGCAAAUACAAAUGAUAAAAUGAAUUGUAGUACAAAUGUACAAAAAGUGAAAAAUAUGUUACAAAAACGUGAUCUACCACAAGUGCACAAUAACUCUUUCAAUUAUGCUAAGCACUCGUCCAAUGUGUCCAAUUUGAGCUGUAAGACCAGAAUGGGUUCAAAACUCAAAUUGGGUUUGGGCGUCAAUGCUCAGACUGGACGUUUACAAUGGUGUCCUGGAUUUACUUGUUGUAAACUUUUGAUUAUUAUUCCAGUCAUAAUGCUGCCCAUAACUUUGGUUUUGAUUCUACUCAUGCGUAUGGACGGUAUGCUUAUGGCCCUGCAAAUGCACCAAAAGUAUAGGCCACAUUCGAGGUAUGAACAGGAACCUGUUUAUCUGGAAGAUUAUGAUAGUUCUUUGGACAAUGAUCCCUUUCAAGACAUGAUCAAUGAACAGCUGCUGGUGCCUGUAGAUAAAAAGAAAUUGCGCAAUGAGGCGGAGAGGAUUAAACGAUGUAUAUCCUUCAAAUUUGGUCUAAGCGAAACUAUGGAUAUGGAAGAUCGUGACAUUAUGAAAGAUGCACGCACAUCAUUUUUACCACGAGAUACUACUGCUAUACCCAGAGAGUGUUUGGAAAAUUUAAAUUACAAUACCCACAUGAGCUACAAAGAUUUUGAAUUGCAAGCCUUAAUGGAAUCGUAUGGCAGGCGUAGACUAAGAAGAGAUAAGGCCGAAGAAGCAGGCAACACCGCCGAUGAAUUGGACCACAGUAAUGAUGAAAAUUCCCACGAUGAGUCUUCUAAAUCUGAAAACGAUGAAGUUGGUUUCAUUGCAACUACUUCCAGUUUACAAACAUUUUGGAAUGCCCAGGGCACUAAGGAGACUAUACGCGAAGCUCAAGCUCGCACCAUGAAGAAGUAUAUGGAUGAGUCUGUAGAGCCUUGUGAAGAUUUCUAUAAAUAUGUUUGUGGUAAUUGGGAAAAACAUCAUCCCAUACCCAAAGACAAGGCAGGCUUCGAUACUUUCGAAAUGUUACGCGAAAAUUUAGAUGUGGUAUUGAAGGAACUAUUGGAAUCCAAGACACAUGAAACUUCUCAAGUACCCACCAAAAAGAUACAACAUAUUGAGUCCAAUACCUAUGAACAAUUGCCCAAUACACAGGCAGAUAUAGUCAAGAAUCUGCAGGAAGAAAGUAAUCAAGAGUUACAAAAGGAAAAGAUCAGGGAGCACAUAGUACAAAAACGUAAUGUUCUAGGACAAAUUUUAAUGCGCUACCGCCGCCAUAGUUUGUUCACAAAUACAAAGAGAAAACGAUUCACCGGCAAUCAUACUGCUGAAAUACAUCAUUCUCUAACGCAUACUAAACAUCAUGGCAAUUCUCACACAGACUUGCACAAUUCCCAGGAGCAUUUCCCCGGCCAUGAACAGGAUAUUUCGCAAAUAGAUGCCCAAAUCAAAGCCAGACAUUUAUAUCAAUCGUGUACAAAUAACAAGUUACUAGAAAAAAGAGGUAUACAACCCCUGUUGCAUCUUGUAGAGAAUCUAGGAGGAUGGCCAGUUCUAGAUCCAAAGUGGAAUGCUCAGAAUUUCGAUUGGCUCAAUCUGACGGCUCAUUUAAGGCGCUACAAUAACGAUAUACUUAUAGUGCAAUGGGUGGGACCGGAUAUAAAGAAUUCCGAUGAGAAUAUUAUACAAUUUGAUCAAACCAAUUUGGGUCUGCCCACGCGAGAAUAUUAUUUACAAGAUGUGAAUGCUAAAUAUUUGCAUGCCUAUCAAAGAUUUAUGUCGGAAGUAAUGUACAAACUGGGUGCUCCCAAGGUAACCGCCAUGAAAACUGCAGCAGACCUAAUAAUCUUCGAAACCCAACUGGCUUCAAUUACAGCUCCAGCUGAAAAACGUCUAAAUGUCACUAAGCUCUAUCGUAGAAUGACCAUAAGUGAGCUGCACAAUAGAAUACCGGAAAUAGAUUGGUCACGUUAUUUGACCAUCUUGCAACAAAGACCUAUAGAACCCAGUGAAGAGAUUGUUAUUUAUGCCACAGAUUAUAUGGAAGAACUGGUAAAUCUUCUCUCCGAUACAGAUUCGAAAACUAUAGCCAAUUAUCUCCUCUGGCGUUUUGUACGUCAUCGUAUAAACAAUGUAGACGAUCGCUUCGAUGAUGUCAAGCAAACCUUCUAUCAUGCUCUCUUCGGGCGAGAAGAAAGUCCCUCGCGCUGGAAGGUGUGCAUUUCACAAGUGAAUACUAAUAUGGGCAUGGCUUUGGGUUCCAUGUUUGUGCGUAAAUAUUUCGAUGAAAAUAGUAAAAAGGACACCUUAAAAAUGACCCACGAAUUGCAGCAGGCUUUCCGUGAUAUUCUCCAAACCACCGAUUGGUUAGAUACACAAACCAAACAUUUAGCCGAACUGAAAGUCAAUGCCAUGUCUCUGAAAAUUGGUUAUCCAGAUUUUAUACUCAACACAGAUGAACUCAAUGCAAAGUAUGCAGGCAUUAUUAUAGAUCCUGAUAAAUAUUUUGAAAAUACUCUCAAUGUUUUGUUGCAUACCACGAAAACCGAACAGAACAAAUUAAACGAACCGGUCAAUAAGACUACUUGGCAAACGGCUCCUGCUAUAGUGAAUGCUUAUUAUAGUCGUAAUAAAAAUCAAAUAAUGUUUCCGGCUGGCAUAUUGCAGCCGCCAUUUUAUCAUCGUCAUUUUCCUAGAUCACUGAAUUUUGGUGGUAUUGGUGUGGUAAUUGGUCAUGAGUUGACGCAUGGCUUCGAUGACAAGGGUCGUUUGUUCGAUCGCAAUGGCAGCAUACAUAAAUGGUGGUCAGAUACAGCCAUUAAGGGUUUCGAUGAGAGAGCCAGAUGUAUUAUAUCACAAUAUGGAAACUAUACGGUGGGAGAAGUUGGUAUUGCAUUGAAUGGUGAAAGUACACAAGGUGAAAAUAUUGCCGACAAUGGUGGCAUACGACAGGCAUUUCAUGCCUACAAAAAAUGGCUAAAAGAAAAUCCAGAGGAAGCAGUAGAUGAACGUUUGCCCGGUAUCAAUAUGACGGGUGAACAAUUAUUUUUCCUAAACUUUGGACAAGUGUGGUGUGGUGCCAUGAGACCAGAAGCCGUACGCAAUAAACUAAACACAGCCAUUCAUAGUCCGGGCAGAUAUCGUGUUAUAGGAACAUUAUCCAACUCGGUCGAUUUUGCAAAACAAUUCAAUUGUCCACUGGGAUCGCCCAUGAAUCCAAUGCACAAAUGUAGUGUAUGGUAACAAAGGAUCAAGAAAAAUUAACAAAAACAAAACGAAAACGAAAAAACAAACUACAAACAAUGAGCGUUAAAUGUUAAAGACCUCAAUUGAAUAAGAAUUACAAAUUUAUACAGUAUUUUUUUCAUUCAGCAACAGCAUUGUCAUCAUCAUUAUUCUCAAGAGUUUCAUUAUAUGUAUGUAGGAAGAAGAAAUUGUCGAAUUUUAUGUUCCUUUACACGAGCAAUCACAUAUGUAUAUAGCCACUUGGAACAAAAGCAACGACAACAAACCUGAACGUUCGUUGUAUUCAAAUGUAUUUUCUCUUCUUUUUUUAUAUUUAAACUACGGUUCAUCAGCGAUACGUUUUACGAGGUUGCUUUCAUCUAAAUUGUCAUCAAUUUAAAUUGUUGCCCCCAUAGUGUAGCCAGCAAUUGCUUCAUGCUACAGACACAAACUCAUCUCACCCAACAAUAGUGGAGAAUGUAGCUGAAUCCGUUCCGUGCUGCCUAUAUAAAUACGAACAACGCAUUUCUAGCAUAUUCAUCAACCAGCAUCAAAUCAUAUUAUAAACGUAGACAACAACCGAGAAAAAGCUAUAAUAUAUAACUAUUUUUAAAAACAAAAUAGUAUUAAAUCAAAAAAACUACAAAACAACAAUAUUCCAAUGCCACAAACGAACAGUAAUUUAAGAAUUUAUUAAAACAAUAAAUAACUUUUGUAACUAUGUAUAAUUAAUAGUCCAUCAAUUGCUUAUUUUAUAUACAUACUACAUGUUUUUUUUAAGUUAGUUAAUAAUUAUUGUGAUAAUUUUAAAUUAAAAUAAAAUAAAAAUUAAAUAAAAGAAA